UCAUAAUUAGUGCUAGUGCCAAUAUGAACUUUGAGCAACAUAACGAAAUAUCGACGUCUUACAAUGACAAUAAAUACGAAAAAAACGAUUAUUACUACGUCAAAGAAGAGAAUUUCGACAAAUAUAGACAAAGAGCUGACGAUCAAAUUAAUACGCCUUUCUCCGUGAAAGAUAUAUUGAACAUAAACCAGACUUAUUGUGAUCGGACUGACGUUUGGAAACAGGAAAGAUGCCAAGAACAGGAGAGAUUGUAUCAACAAAGCGCUUAUUGUCCGGAUUAUUUUAACCAAAUGUAUCCGUAUGUUGAAAAUUGGAACGAGGCUUAUCAUGAGAAUAAAAUGGAUGAUUAUUACAGCUAUAAUUACGCGAAUAUAUAUCAUCAGAAUCAUGAACAGUUUUCGGAUGUACAGGUGCCCAGGGUGGAUGUGGAGCUACCUCCACCUCCUGGUGUUAUAAGCGUUGAUGAGAGGGAAAUACCAUCGAUGAGUUCUUCAUCAUCUUAUUUACAAGCGGACGCGAAAUUUGCAGCAAUACCAAGGAAAACUAAGAUACCUUGCCUGACAAAGAUGGAGAAAAGAGACAAAAACGCAAAAAGAAAACCCAGAAUCCUGUUUUCGCAGACUCAAGUCCAUGCGUUAGAAGUCCGCUUCAAAGCUCAACGCUAUUUAACCGCUCCUGAACGAGAACAGCUAGCAAAAACGCUAAAUCUAUCGCCAACACAAGUUAAAAUAUGGUUCCAGAACAGAAGAUAUAAGAGUAAACGACUGAAAUCCCCAGAGGUAUCAACGUCUACAGACGCGAAACCCAGCAAAGGUAGAAAACUUUAUAAACCAGAAACAAGGGAAAGUAGUUUACAAUCAUAUAAUUUUAAGGCUCAGAAUCAAAUGAAUUCGUCAAUGUAUUUCGACGAUAGUACCGCGUAUGAAGACACUGAGAGAUAUUACAAUCCGCGGUUACAAAUUCAAGACACGACUCCUAGUUAUAUAGAUUCAAAAGAUUGCAAAGAUGCUGAUAUGAAGAAAUAUUACUCAGCAAAUUUUGUCUGUUAGUACAUUUACGCGCGUUUAGACUAACCCCCUUUUUCAUAAUAGUCUGCUAACUUAAAGCAUUGCUAAUUCUCAUUCUGUCUUCUUCUAUUGACCUAAGUCAGAAUGAGAUAAAACACUCCUUAGCGGCUGUUUAAAGUAAGCGGACCAU